AUGAAGUGCUCGCUUCAGACGCUGCUGAUAGAAGGGACUGGCAGCACGCUGCGGUCUUACAGAAGAGUCGAACCGCUCGGUUGCUCCAGGAAAGGCACCGUGAAUGCACCCGUGGCCUCACGGCUGUCAUUUUGGUUUAUCCAUUAUACGGUUACAGAUGCACCGUCCCAGGAAGGUCACCUCUCCGGGCGGGAGCCGGAGUCACCCAAGGCAGAGAGUGACAACGUCUUUCUCAUCAGGGCGCAAGGAUUCCCCUUCUCGUGCACCGAGGAGGACGUGCUUACCUUUUUUGAUAGCUGUAGGAUUCGAAAUGGUGAGAAUGGCAUACACUUCCUCUUAAACAGGGAGGGGAGACGCAGGGGGGAUGCCUUAAUCGAGCUGGAGUCGAAAGCAGAUGUCCAGAGAGCCUUGGAAAAGCACCUGAGGUAUAUGGGCCCACGCUACGUGAAAGUUUUUGAAGUACACGAUAGUGAUGUAGAGGGCUUACUACAAAACCUGCGGGAUGAGUCACAAGCCAUAAAUGAUGGAGUUGUACUGCUCAGAGGCCUUCCGUUCAGCUCCACUGAGGACGAUAUCGCAGACUUUUUCUCAGGUUUGAAAAUAACCGACAUAGCUUUCGUUUACCGGGGAGAAAGAAGAACGGGAGAAGCUUUCGUGCAGUUUGCAGCUCCUGAAAUGGCAGCUAAAGCCCUGUUACGACACAGGGAAUAUAUGGGAACUAGAUACAUAGAAGUGUACGUAAGUAGAAAGCAUCAAAUGCAAAGGCACGUGCCUUAUGACAAGCAGAUGGUGACCUACCGCAGAGUGAGACAAGAACAUGAAUCCAUGUCUGAAGACGGGGGAUUGAGCAACACGGGAGGCUCUGAUGCUGAAAGAGAAGGUAAACUGUGCAGGGAAGGAACAGAAAGGUCCAGGAACGUUUUAGAAUCUGGGAACGUCUCAUCACCGCUGCACUUUGUCCACGUGAGGGGUUUUCCUACCCAAGCUAGCGCCCAAGACAUAAUAAACUUUUUUGCUCCUCUGAAGCCCACAAGGAUCAUGGUAGAAUACAACUCCCAUGGAGAUGCCACAGGAGAAGCGGACGUGCAUUUUGAGAGCCAAGCGGACGCAGUCGCUGCAAUGGCUAAGGAGGGGUCACAGCUGCAGUGCAGUGCCAUUGAACUAUUCCUGAGUGAACAUCCAAAGGCAAAAGAAAACUGCUAGUGACAGUGGCACAGUCCCAGGUUUGGCCAAAGCAAACACAUUCCGUGGGUAUGAGCGUGAAGAUCGAGUACAAGUGUCGCUGCUCAAUAACAAGGACAAACUGUAUAAAAUUUAGUUCAGCAUUGUGUAAAAGCAUGUAAUAAAUUGUGUUGACAUACUGUGGAAA